AUGGAGAAGAGCAGGAAAUCUGUCGUGAUCACUGGAUGCAGCCCGAACAGUAUCGGUGAGGCUCUGGCCCUAGAAUUCCAUAAGAAUGAUUACAUCGUUUGCGCUACAUGCCUUCCGCACGAACAACUUUCAGAUCUCGAGGCUCUAGGGAUGAUUUGCUGCCCUCUUGACGUCACCAGUGACAUCAGUGUAGCCAAUUUCUCUAGCUUUCUGCACAAGCAUUUCGCAAAGUUGGAUGUCUUAGUUAAUUCGGCCGAAGACUAUGUUAUGCCUGUGCUCGAUCUUGACAUGAGCGAGCUACGUCGUAUCUUCGAUAUCAACGUCUUCGGAACGAUCCGGGUUAUUAAGGCUAUGACUGACCUCUUGAUCGAAUCCAAAGCUGCAUACAAUGGCAGUAAAGCUGCUCUGCUUGCCAUGGGUAAUACACUUCGUAUCGAGCUUAGCCCUUUCAACGUCAAGGUUAUGACGAUCUUGAGUGGACCUGUCGAGAGCGGGCUAAUGACCCGUGCAACUCGAGUUCUUCCUUCAUCGUCUCUAUACCUACCCGUGCAAGCAGAGUUUGAGUCACGCAUGUCUCAUGAAGAACAUGGUGUAAAAACGCUUGCACGUGGACAGUUUGCAACGGCUGUCUAUGCAAAGGUGGCAGCACCUCCAAUGAACUUCUGGAUUGGUCCGUGGAGCCGUGCUGUCUGGGUUCUGGAAACAUUUGGGUUACAAAGUGUUUGGGCUAGAAUUUUCACUAGAAUGUUUAGACUGGAUAAGCUACGAAAGGUCAAACUAUAG